UUUAAUUCUAGAUCAGAGCAAACGGAUUGAGCGAGUGAGCUGCUUUUAUCAUGAUUCGGGGGGGAUACGGGAAUUGAUUGCUGGUUCUUUUGGAGAAGUUCUACAGGGCCAGACUGGUCCCCAGCUCCGCACACACACACUGCUCCCAGUGUGUGACCGUCAACCUGCUGACUUGCAGCUCCUGCUUGAACGUCGCGUCAGGGUGAUAAGAAGUUCGGAUCUGGUUCGGAUGUGGCAAGCAAACUUCAGACGAAUGCAUAAUUUAGCAGACUGGAUUUCCGGGACAGUGAUGGGAGGCUGUGUGGGGAGGAGUAGGAUGGAUGGACAAGGGAGUGCCCGAAGCUCGACAAGAAGCAAAAAACGUGGAGGGCGCAAUGAGCCCCUCAAGAAGGAGCGUCCAAAGUGGAAGAGUGAGUACCCGAUGACGGAGGGCCAGCUGAGGAGUAAGAGGGAUGAGUUUUGGGAUACGGCGCCUGCCUUUGAUGGACGGAAAGAGAUCUGGGAUGCACUCAGAGCAGCAGCACUGGCUGCAGAGUGCAAUGACCUGGAGCUAGCACAGGCUAUAGUGGAUGGAGCCUGCAUUACUCUUCCACACGGUUCUCUCACAGAGAGUUAUGAUGAACUGGGGAACCGGUACCAGCUGCCAGCAUACACUUUAGCCCCACCAGUCAACCUCAUCUCUGAAACAUCCAGUGAAUGCAAAGUCUCUGACUCCACACAAAAACAAGCUCAGCCUCCUCCAUGCAGACAAGAGUUCCAGUUGCGGGUGCGAAUGUCAACAGGAAAGGAUGUGCGUCUGACUGCCAGCAUGGCGGACUCCAUCGCUGAGCUAAAGAAACAACUGGAAGAACAGGAAGACAUUGACGUGACCCGCCAGAGGUGGUUCUUUUCUGGGAAGCUACUGACGGACAAGACUCGUCUUCAAGACGCCAAGAUUCAGAAGGACUUUGUAGUUCAAGUAAUUGUUAAUGUGAAUUCUCCCGCCAUAGAAAACUGAGGAAGGAGACUGAGGGCUUUGAUGAGAAGAAGUAUGAAAGACGUGCCAGAGAGGGAGGCAGCAAUAGGAGUAGGGGUUGAAAUUAUUUUCCAGUUGGCACUGCAGUGGAAUUUUGUGUACAUUUUUAUAUAAGAAAUUAUUGCUUUUUAUAUUGCUCCUUUUUGUAUUUUUUCCUUUUUCCAAAUGAAGUGAGAAUAUUGAAAAGCACUGAAACACUUUAGAUUAAUAGUAGAGUCCUAAGAUGCACAUCCCAGUGUCUGACCGUCUGUUUGUCUUCCUGUCUGUCCUGUCUGUCCUUGUGGACUUCAACUCACAGCUCUAUUGUUUACACGGGUCCCCCUCCUUUUCAUGCGUGUUUGUACUUGUGCUUAAUUGAAUAUGAUUCACAUGGGGAUCUGAACAAGGGAAAUCCAUUCCUUUUUUCU